CAACUCUCACUUAUCUGCAACAAACCCUAAAAGCUAAAACCCUAACCCAUUUCUGUUUGGUUUCUUUUUUGGUCCCUCCAAAUUUUACUAAUUUCUUUCCCAACCUCCUCUUCUCCAUCACCCACCACCCAUCUUUUUCAAACAACUAUUUUUCUCUUCUCCCUCAAGAAAGUAAUAACUAAUAUUGUUGCAUCUUGCCCACUAUAUAUACCUAGCCUUCUCCACCACCUCACUUACCAUACUUUGCCCUCACCAAUUGCUUUUGAGAACUCAGAUUCUCUCUCUCGCUCUAAGAAACAUAAACUCUAGAUUUGGGUUUUGUUGUCUCCCCUUUUGGCUUUUGGUAUGGAUAACAGUAACCCUAAUGGGAAGAGACCCCGAGAUGAUGAUUCGGCCGACUCGGGACGGAACGAGGCUGCAGAGUUUCGUCCCGAGUCGAAACUCAUCCGAGUUGAUUCCAGCAGCUCAAUUAACUCGGAUGCAAGCUCGGGCGACUCCAACGUCCGAGUUGACUCGGACGAGUUCGACAUGGACUCGGCCGAGGCGAAGAUGAUUCAGGAAGACCUGUUGAACAUACUGGACGACUCGGAGGCCGUGACGGACCCUGACCCAGCAAUUCAGGGGCUGGACUCGGUCAUUAAAAGCUUCGAGGAGGAGAUACAAGUUCCGGCAGCACCGGCAUUUGCUCCUCCGGUUGAAACGACCUCGGGCUCGGGAGAGUCCUCCCCGUCGUCGCAGCCGGAGCUCGGUUACUUACUGGAGGCUUCGGACGACGAGCUUGGUCUCCCGCCGACGAACAAUGGAGCUGCGAGCGAGGAGAAGAAAAUGGAGGCGGCGGAUUUCACAGUGAGUCCUCCGGCGGCCGCAUUGGAUGGAAUGCUUGGGUUCGAGAACGACAUGAUUCCGAGUUACGACGCUUUCGAUUUCGGAAUCGGUGGGUACUCGGAGAGUAAUGGAGGCGGAGAGUACGUGGCGUUGGGUGGCUUGUUUGACAACUCGGACGGCGGCACUACGGAGGUGUCGUGGCGGACGGAGUCGCUUUCUGCUCUAUAGAAACGUUUGGAACGGGUUUUCCAGGGUUGGUUUUGUUUGUGACCCGGGAACGGUUUCAAUAGGUAGAGAGCUGUAGCUGUUGAUAUCAGAGAGGUUGUAAGUAAACUCAGAAAAGAAAGAAAGGAAAUGAAAAGGAAAGAUGAAAUUUGAACGGAA